CAGGCGCUUCUCAGUGUCUGGGAGUCUCUGCCUUGUCCUGUCAUCAGUGUCUCGCUGCUCGCUGCUGAGGGAAGCUCCAUAAUUAGGACUCUGGUGUGCAGUAACCGGAAAUGGGUUCUGUGUCAUUUGAAGACAUUGCUGUGGACUUCACCUGGGAUGAAUGGCAGCAUCUGGAUGUUGCUCAGAGAACUCUCUACAGGGACGUGAUGCUGGAGAACUACAGCAGCCUCCAGUUCUUGGGACAUUGCAUGACCAAACCUGAGGUGAUCUUCAAGUUGGAACAUGGAUUUGGGCCAUGGCCUGGGGUAGAAUCCUCUGUCCGAAGCCUUCCAGGUAUUCAUAAAGUGACUGCACCAAUUGAGACUCACCAGGAAAAUCACAAGGGAUAUUUAUGGCAAGUUGAAAUCACCAACAGCCAGACUUCAAAUGAGAAAAUUAUUGAAGCAGACCUGAAGGUGGCACGGAAGAUCCAACAAGGGACAAAAUCCUGUGAAGAUAAAGAAUGCGUGAAGGCAUUUAUCCAGGAGUCACAGCACACGAGGAGUCAGAUAACAUGUAAGAAAAGCAUCCGUUAUAAGUCACCUCUCAAUAACUGUCAGAGGCUUCUUAAUGAGGAGACACUGUAUACACAGAGACAGUGCAGGAGGUCACACCUGGCAGAACAUCAGAGAAGUCACGAAGGGGAGAAGCCAUAUGGAAGCUCGGGAUAUGGGAAAGCUUCCCACACCAAGUCUCAGCCUCAGAACACUCACAGAGACGAGAAGCCCUACCAAUGUCUAGAAUGUGGGAAAUAUUUCUACUAUAAGUCACAAAUCAUUGAGCAUCAAAGAAGUCAUACAGGAGAGAAGCCUUAUAAGUGUACAGAAUGUGGAAAAUCUUUCAGCUAUAAAUCACAUCUCACUGUACAUCACAGAAGUCACACAGGUGAGAAGCGUCAUGAGUGUACAGAAUGUGGAAAAGUUUUUUACUAUAAAUCCCAACUUACUCGACAUCAGAGGAGUCAUACGGGGGAGAAGCCCUAUGAGUGUAUGAAAUGUGGAAAAUCUUUCUACUGUAACACACAUCUUUCUCUGCACCAGAGAAUUCAUGUAAAUGUGAAACCCUAUGCAUGUACAGAAUGCGGGAAAACUUUCUCUUUCAGUGCAUGCCUCACUAGACACCAGAGGAUUCAUACAAAUGAAAAGCCCUAUGAAUGUAAACAAUGCCCCAAAGCUUUUUACUUUAAGAAGCAACUUACUCAUCAUGAGAAAACUCAUGCUACAGAGAAGCGCUUUGAAUGUAAACAGUGUGGUAAAGCAUUUUACUGGAGGGCCAACCUUACUGUGCAUCAGAAAACUCAUGGUGGGGAGAAGCCCUUUGAAUGUAAACAAUGUGGAAAAGCAUUUUACUGCAAGUCCCACCUCACUGUGCAUCAGAGAACUCAUAUAAGUGAAAAGCUCUAUCAAUGUUCACAGUGCAGGAAAGCAUUCUACUCUCAGACACAGCUUUCUGUGCAUCAGAGAAUUCACACUGAUGAGAAGCCCUAUGAAUGUAAGCAAUGUGGAAAAACAUUCUACAGCAAGUCUGGGCUUACUGCACAUCAGAAAACUCAUACGGGUGAGAAGCCCUACGAAUGUAAAGAAUGUGGAAAAGCAUUCUAUAACAAGUACCUGCUCAUUGAGCAUCAUAGAGUUCACACAGGUGAGAAGCCCUAUCAAUGUACAGAAUGCAAGAAAGCAUUCUACUGCAAAAAAUACCUUUCUCUACAUCAGAAAACUCACGCAAGUGAGAAGUCAUUUCAUUGUGCAGAGUGUGGAAAAGCUUUCUCCUGGCUGUCACACCUGACUCAACAUCAGAGAAUUCAUACAGGGGAGAAGCCCUAUGCAUGUGAACACUGUAGGAAGACUUUCUACUUCAAGAAACAACUCACUCGACAUCAUAGAACACAUGAGAAGUCAUGAGGUGUAAAUAAUGCAGGAGACCAUUUCACUGCAAAUACAACCUCUGUGUAUGAAAAAGCUCAAACAAGGGAGAAACCCUGUGGUGAGUGUAACAGAUACAGAAAAUUUUCUCCCUCAUACAUACCUUACUCCAAGUCAGAUGAGAAAGCCUAAGAGUGUAAAGAAUGUAUGAACUCUUACUUAAGUGUAUAAGCAGAAAGUUGUAUGUGAGAAUCUGAUUAAUGUAAAAACUGUCAAAAUUUUCUAGUGUUACUGAGCCAGUGAACAUACACUGGAGUCUGCCUGCAAACCUUGCUGGAAGGCAUGUACCACAUAUACUGUCAGUGAGAGAAUUCAUGCUUAGGGCUGUCUCCUAUGAAGUGGACAAAAGCUUUCUCAUUCUUCCAAUUACUUCAGUAUAUUGUAGGUGAGUAACUCAGAAUGUAAAGAACAGAGGAAAGCUUUCUAACAUUAAGCCCCAUCAAUUCACACCUAAAAGCUUUUACAGGUAUGGGCCCCAGUGAAAUUGAUGAAAAUAGACACAUUUUGAGACAGAAAUUGGGCCUCUGCAGUAGCAACUUCUUAUGUGAUAUGCCAAGUAGAGCAAAAAGCAUAGUGAGAUAUAGUAUUUCAUGUUUUCAGUUCUAGGUCCUGGUACUGCAGGUUUACUGGGACCCAGUGAUUGAAGAUUGAACUAAGCAACAUAGGCAGAUUCUAGUUGAUAAAAAGCAGAAAAGUCUUCUCAAAGUGCUCAUGUCAAGUUAUGACAUUGCAGCCCAUGUGUUGAAAACCCAUAUAAAUUAUCAAAUAUGAAGAGUGUAAAGAGUACCAAGACUUUUGAAGUGAACUUGAAAUUUAUCUGGCAUCAUUAACCCAACACACAUGAUUAAACAGAAGAUUCCAGUAUGAAAACAUUCUUGCUUCCAUAGUCCAUGUGGGUUUUUUUUUUUACAAGGAUUCGCCAACUAUUCAUAGUGUAAGAAUUCUAGAAAUGGCAUUCAGCCAUGCUCCCACAGUACCAACCAUCAGAUUACUUAUGAAGUGAGAACACAAUUGAAGUUUACAGAUUAACUUGUCUUAAACACGGCUCAGUGGUAGUGCGCUCAUCAGUCUUGAGCUGUGUGUCUACACAUAGAACUUUCCCGUGUCAUCUUGAUUUAGGAUAUUCUUGUUCAUGUUUGUAAAUCAGUUCUAACUGUCCAUUGGUCUUAUUGCCUCAUCAGACAUAAAAAAUUUUAAUAUUUUAAUUAAUUAAUUAAACAUUUUUAUAAUUAUGUAGUUUUGAGACAAUCUCUUGAUCUGUAGCCAGUCUGUCCUCUGGUCUCCACUUGUACAUAGGUGUGUACCCCCACACUGGCAUACAGAACAUGUACCAACAAUAGAAAAAUGACAAAAUUUUCAUACAUUUAGGAAAUCGGAUAACACUGGUAUAUGUAAUUUUCAUGUUAACUUUCAAAAGGAAUUUUGCUGAAAUGUGUUGCUUGUAGUUUUAAAAAUAUGCUACCGCCUUAGCCUGGGAGCUUCAACCGAGCUACCGGCCUCUCAGCCCACUCCUGAGACCCUAGAGUUCGAGGAUAAAGGACACACAAACAGCUUUAUUUUUUAGGACUUGUUGGCUAGGCACAACUGCUGGCACAGAGUCUCCUGCCUGAAAAGGCAUGCCCUCAUCAAUUAUCAUCUCUGCUUCUUCUCUUGCUUGUAUCAGGUAGCCCCCACCAACCUCCUUGGCCCCCUGCCCAUAGUGGAGGCUGCAGGCCCUAGCUGCCCCGAGGCCUUACAUGAGUGUAGCAUCCUCUUUCCUCCCAAGUAUGGCAGAAAAACCCUCUCUCUUUCCCUUCAUCUCUUCUUCCUCUUGGGUCCUGGAAGGCCCACCUAUAGCUUCUGCCCAGCACUUGUAUCCUGACCUUCAAGAACCAAUUAGGGAAAUAAGAAUCCUAAUAUUUCUUAUCAAUAUCCACCAGGCAUUUCUUUUCUUAGAUUUCUCUUCCUUAUCGUAGUCCUUGGAUCAGACCUUCAGACUCAGGCAUGCUAGGCAAAUGCUCUAACAUGAGCUGUAGGUCCCUAGACAAUAUUUUGAUGAUUUGUUAUCAUUACCAGAGCUUUGUAGAUGAAACUAAUCUAUUAAAGGGCAUACAUAUUUUUAAACGUA